AUGCUGUUCUGCUACUUUACGUUGCCGUCUCUCUUUAUUGCCGUCCUAUCAUUUUGUUAUGGUGCACUAGCUGGUCCUUGUAUGCCAUGUCAAGCUUCGAAUAGGAGAUAUACCCCUUGGGAUCGAAGAAUCACCAUUCCCCGCGGGGUUUACAGCCCGAACAUCACGAAUCCUACCGGUCGUACGGUCUGGAUUGGAGGCACCGAUGUUGUUGUUACGUGGGAUCACGAUGACAUGCCUGCAAAGCCCGCAAACCCCAAAGGAACGUUGCUAUUGGGAUACCUAGACGAUGGAAGCGAAGACGAACAUUUGGAUGUCGAACACCCGCUGGCGGCAGACUUCGAUCUCAAAAAGGGGUUCGUUACCUUCAAGUGUCCAGAGGUUGUUGAACGUGAACAAUACAUUGUCGUUUUAGUCGGCAACUCUGGAAAUCGCAGUCCAACUUUCAAAAUCAAAAAUUAA